AUGGUCCGCAAGCUCAAGUAUCAUGAGCAGAAGCUCCUGCGCAAGACAGACUUCUUCACAUACAAGCAAGACGACAACCACCGCGACAAGCUCGUCCGCAGACGCUACAUGAUCCAGAAGCCCGAAGACUACCACAAGUACAACAGAAUGUGCGGCUCCAUCCGCCAACUCGCCCACCGCCUCUCCCUCCUCCCCCCCGAAAACCCCGUCCGCCGCAAGCACGAAGACCUCCUCCUCGCCAAGCUCUACGACAUGGGCAUCCUCUCCUCCUCCUCCAAGCUCUCCGCCGUCGAGAACAACGUCACCGUCAGCGCUUUCGCCCGCCGCCGCCUCCCCGUCGUCAUGACCCGCCUACGCAUGGCCGAGACCGUCCAGGCCGCCACGAAGCUCAUCGAGCAGGGCCACGUCCGCGUCGGCGUCGACGAGAUCACCGACCCGGCCUACCUGGUGACGCGCAACAACGAGGAUUUUGUCACGUGGGCUGUGGGAAGCAAGAUCAAGAAGAAUAUUAUGAAGUACAGGGACGAGCUGGAUGACUUUGAGCUGUUGUAA